AUGGCACGGAAACCAGAGUCAGAGGAGCGCAAGACGGUCGGUAUCAAUAAGGAGACGGUCACCAACACUGUCUCGACCGACUUCCCCGAUAACUACCCAGACGCAGACGAAAGUUGGGACAAGGACUGGUUUGCCGAGAACCUCAGGAUAGAAUUCCACCAAAAUGAUCAGUUUGAGGCACAAUUCUCCUUGAUUGGAGUAGACGCCUCCAUUGCCAAUGCUUUCCGGCGUAUCCUCAUAUCCGAAAUUCCCACGCUUGCGAUCGAGACUGUGUUUGUCAACAACAAUACUGGUGUCAUCCAGGAUGAGGUUCUCGCGCACCGCCUGGGUCUGAUCCCGUUUACCGGUGGCAAGGAGGGCAUCAGGAACUUCAUGACGUGGUGGCACAAGCCGGCAGAGGGAGAGGACACCUACUCGACAACCUACGAUCACAACACGAUACAACUGAGACUGCAGGUCAAGUGCGAACACAACCCAGACGCCGCACCCGGCGAGACGGACUCGCGAAAGUUGUACCACAAUGCGCACAUCUACGCCAAGGACAUUGUCUUUGAGCCCGUUGGCAAGCAAGAAAAAUACUUUUCGGGCGACGACGUGAUCCGCCCCACGAACCCCGACAUUUUGAUCGCCAAGCUGCGGCCCGGCCAGGUGAUUGACCUGGAGAUGCACAUGCACAAGGGCGUUGGCUCCGACCACUCCAAGUUCUCACCCGUGGCCACGGCCAGCUACCGACUCAUGCCCGUCAUCAAGAUCCUCCAGCCCAUCCUGGGCGACGACGCCAAGAAGUUCCAAGAGUGCUUCAUGCCCGGCACCAUCAAGCUGGAAAAGGUGACCAAGAAGACGGCCAAGGAGGACCCGCAGUACGCCGGUCACGAGGGCGAGACCAUGGCCGUCGUUGAUAACGCCAUGUACGACACGGUGAGCAGAGAGGUCUUGCGGCACGAGGAGUUUGAGGGCAAGGUCAAGCUGGGCAGAAAGAGGGAUCACUUUAUCUACUCCAUUGAGAGUACGGGACAGUGGGACAGUGAUGAGCUCUUCCUCGAGUCGGUGCGUACGAUGAAGAAGAAGGUCCAGAAGCUGCAGACACAAGUCGAGAACAUGGUCUACACCUACUCCGGCUAA